AUGGCACCCAUCAAACUUGGCUUGGUAUGCCUCACGGCAAUCCUGGUUGAGGGAAGUUCGAGACUCCUUGCGCCAAUUCAAGACAUCAAUUUACCGGCCAGUGAAUCUGCUGAGCACCCUCUUGAACACUUGGGCGCAAACGGUCCUUGGUUCGCAGGACCCAACGUCAACGAGAUCUCAUCCGAAAUUCCGGAGAAUUGUUACGUUGAUCAAGCGGCGUAUGUUUCUCGGCAUGGAUCGAGAUACCCAGAUACUGGCGCUUACAAUGGAUGGGUCUCAAUGCAGGAACGAUUUCAUGCUGGAAACUAUACUGCCUCUGGCAGCUUGAGCUUUUUGCCGCGGUGGCAAACAGCGCUAACUAAUCCAUCCUCUCAAAUCGCUAACUUGAGUCCAACGGGCUACAAAGAGGCUCACGAUCUUGGAUACACCUUGCGAAGCAGAUAUCCGGGCCUCUACACUGAAGGCGAAGACUUCAUGGUCUGGGCUAACAACUACUCUCGAGUCCUACAGACUGCCAAGUUGUUUGUUCGCGGUUUCUUGGGAACCAAUGCCACCUUGCUCGGUGAUAUCGUGUCCGUGACAUCUAGAGGCUUUGCCGCUGGCAUUGGCGACUCAUUGGCGCCUUCUGAUAUGUGCCCAGCUUUCAAGGAUACGGAGGGAGGCGACUACGUGACUGCGUGGAACAACGUCUACAUUCCUCCAAUCCUAACCCGCCUGCAAGCACUCAUCGAUGGAAACCUCACACUUACGCAAAGUGAUGUGUCGCAAAUACCUUAUCUUUGUGGUUUCGAAAGUCAGAUCACCGGCCGCCUCUCACCUUGGUGUGAUAUCUUUUCGGACGAAGAAUACCUCCAGUACGAGUACUUCCAAGACCUUCGCUACUACUACGGAGUCGGCCUUGGUACCGAUGUGCCUCAGACCAUGAUGACCCCCUACCUAAACGCAUUGAUGGACAUAUUUGUUCAGGGGCCUUCGGUCACCGGCAGACGCAAAGAUGGGACCACUUUCAAUUUACCAAAGCUUCUCGUCUCCUUCCUCAACGAUGGACAGCUCAACCAGUUAGUGGCCGCCUCAGGGGUAUUUGACAAGCAGCAGCCUCUUUCAAGUACGCAAAAGGACGAUGGCCGUCAAUUCGUCAGCUCUCGCUUCACAACAAUGCGGGGAACUAUUGCAUUUGAGAGAUUGAACUGUGCCGGGGCUGGAAACGCUACACAUGGCAACUUCACCAAUGUUGCCCGCCGGAAUCCAACGAACAGAAGAUCAACCUGCACGCAGCCAUCGCCCCCAACCCAAGACACCUGGAAUGCGACAUAUAUUCGCAUUCGUCUCAAUGAUGCUGUCUACCCGAUACCUACUUGCAGCAGCGGUCCUGGUUCUUCUUGUCGGCUGGAGGAUUACAAGCAAUACGUCGCCACGAAGCUUGAGAACCAAGGUAAUUGGAUCCAGAACUGCAACGUAACCACACCUGGAGCACCAACAAAGGUGAGAGGUGCAAGUUUCUACACCGAUCUUAGCAGCGCUUGGUUGAGCCAUGUAGCUCCUUAA